AAGGUUAAAAAUGCACCUCAGAAACGAAUGAUGAUAAAUAGAACCCAGUAGAUAUAGUUCGUGACAGAACUGGUAACUGGAAGGGAAUCAAUAGAGAAAGACAUUUCACAUUUAUCAUUGGAUUGGUCUCUGGCUUUUAUCCAUGAGUUAAUGAAACAAAUGGGUAAUUACAAGGUAUAAUCCAUUUGGAGCUUCGGAGCGAGUCACGAAAUCAAUAGAGAGAUGAGCAAUCUAGCGCGUAGGGUUUUGGUAUUUUUCCGAUGGUGACACACAUGAGUUCAUGGUCAGAUAUAAACUUGUAACGAAUCAAAUGGAGAUAUUGAGACAUGUGACAAGGACAGGUCAGGCUCGAACACUAUAAAAUGAUACCCUCAACAUUAGGAGAGUGGUGCGCGGUUUACAGUCGAUCGAGUCGAAUCCCGAUCGUUCUAAGUUUCCACCAGCUAGUGACGAGCCUGGCCAGUCUGAUCCUGUCCUGUAUUGUCAGAUGGGCUGAGAGUAAGUAAAACUAUGUGAGUAUAAACUGGUGUUGCGUUUCUUUAUUAUGCGUGUGUGAAUGCUGCUAGAGACAACUUGGAGUAAGGGUCGUUAGACCAAUCACUCCUUGACGGAACCGAGCCGUGGUGGACAAGGCGAGGGCAAUGUCCUGGCUUAAUUGACCACAAGGACCAGGAACGGCAAUACACUUAGUAACUGUAGCAGGGUCGCACUGGACCCCCAAAACCAGUUACGACAUGGUGGAGAUUGCGGGUUUUCUCUUGAACAAAAUGUUUAAGACGAUCCCAUUCUUUGUUUUUCGUAUUGUCGUUCCCAUCCUUCAAUUCCGUCUUCCCACCUUGACUUAUUUUUGAAGGUACGGUUUCACCUUUGACGCAUGGAUAGGGUAUUCUGGCUGGUAAUGUCUGGUAAUGUCUCAUACACCAAAUUCUGCAUCUACGUCAAGUGACCGUCUUGCCCCCACUCGCCUCCUUACUGGUACGAUUUUCUCGAAUUCCCCCCGAGUUGUCAUAACUCAACCGCCCUCCCAAUCACCCCCACCGCCCCCUCCUCCCCAGGAACCCUCCUCGCCCACUAUUUCUGACCAUAGUUUGGACUUAUCACCCUCUACCGACGAGCUUUUACAUCAGUACGCUUGUGUUCUCCCUGACGUUUCCUCACUAAGUUCGUCCUCAGGCCCCGAGGCACAAAAUCCAACCCCUGACUUCAAUAUGGGAGAUUCGACCUUGAUGCCAGAACAUUUCACUGGUAGAGACACGACCCAUGCUGCUGAAUGGCUUGACCGUUUCCUUCAUUUUGGAAACUUUAAAAAGUGGACUGACGCACAGAAAGUAGAAGUUUUCCCACUAUUUUUGAAGGACUCGGCGUAUCUCUGGUAUAAAGAUCUUAUACCAUCGCUAGGGGAAGAAAUCGUCAUUUUCGAUGAAGUAGAGAGAUUAUUCAGGGACAAGUACGUCCACCCAACUGACCGGUGGGCCCUUCUAGAAUCUUUCGUGAGUCGUAGGUUAUCCCCAACUGAGCCUAUAGACACGUAUUUAGCGGAUUUGACCCAAACAGCUAGCCUAUUAGGUAAGACUGACAUGGACUUGAUGGAUGCAUUUGUUCGGGGACUGGAUGACGGUACGAGGCAACACGUGCUAAUGAAGCAGCCGACGGCUCUGAACGAAGCUGUUUCGUUUGCACGUUUGGCUCGAUCCAUAAUCCCUCAAAUUGCAGAAAAUACAGGUGUCAAGUUGGCAAUCGAUACUCUAAGAGACCAGAUUGCUACACUCGCGGCAAAGCUCGCACCAUCGUCGUCCCAGGUUAAUACCUUCCAGUCACGACAGAAUCGAUAUUCCCAACCCCCCAGACAGUCCUCUAGGUAUUCAACUCGGCCGUGGCAGCCUCCCCGACAGCAGUUCCAGCCACUCUCGUAUCCGGACGGACCACACCAGCAGAGAAGCCAGCCCCCUCCUCAACGCACACAGUACAACACGGGACGGACCAUGGCUCGGGCACGCCCCUGUUACAGAUGCGGUGAAUCCAGAGGCCUCCUCCGACCAGUAUGGGUCUUAUUCAUUGUCAUCGCGUUGGUUAGCAUCCAGAAUCGGGUUAAUUCCGUGCAUACGGAACUCCGACUUCCAUGGGGAGUUGUCUUCGUACAUAUGUCACGAAUCGACAUUUCCCAGAAUAAAUGGAUUCAUAUCUUUCAAUAUAAAUUGCCUGAUUUAGAUGGAAUGGGCAAUAGAUCAAGAUAUCGAGACUUUUGUUCCACAAAUACUUUGGCUUGUCAUACCGUUUCGGCGAUGGAUGGAUAUAUAGAAAAGGCCGAACGAGAGUUGUUCGCGUAUUGGACAAAUGUCCAUAGAGACAUUAACCUUUUAAUUCCCCAUAUUAACAUUUUUCACAAGGAUUCCCGCACUAAACGGGCGAUACUUCCUUUUAUUGGAUCAAUAAGUCGUUCGCUGUUUGGUACUGCUACAGUCGAGGAUGUUGACCGACUGGCGCGGUAUGUUAAACAAUUGUCGUUGCAUGCUGCUAAUACUUCUCGUGCUUUUCAAGUCCAAGUUCGUCAGAUGUCGUCAUUUAUGACUAAAACAAAUGAACGCAUUUCAUCCGCGCUCGCGGGUAUUGAAACGAACCAUAAAGAUAUUAAACUUGUCACUAAACAAAUACAAGAUGUGGAAAGAUUUAUUUUUAUCACAAUGAAAAUCUUGUUAGAUCGCCUCACGUUCCUAACUACUAUUAGACAAGAAAUUGAUGAAAUGUAUUUAGGCAUUCAACAGUUAGUUAAUCAACGAUUGAGUCCAUCUUUACUCCCAGUUUCGGAAGUAAAGAGAGCGUUAAAAAUGAUUCAAAAACGUCUAAAUGCAGAAUACCCGUUGUUUCACGUUGCACAUAAGGAUCCAGGUUAUUAUUAUCGGGAACGCACUGUUCACUGUUCUCGGAAUUCAGAUUCAAUUUUAAUUUCGCUUAUUGUUCCUAUCCAGACUCAUUCUACCCUCCUUGAUGUAUAUCGAAUAAAUUCUUUUGGCUUACCAUUUAAUCAAUCAAGUACGCAUGUCACUCAGGUUAUGAAUUUACCAGAUUAUCUUGCUGUUUCGGAGGCUAAAGAUCAGUAUAUUGAAUUUUCGGCUAGGGAUUUUCAAACAUGUUAUGGUGAACACGAAAAACACUGUCCAAUUUUUCACAGUCCGAAACCAACAACAUCGCUCACAUGCGCACUUGCUUUGUUUACUAAAGACACACAAGAAAUUAAAUCCUUGUGUGAUACAAAAUUCCGAUUAAAUGGGCUACGUUCAAUGGCUCUCGAAAUUCAACCAGGCACAAUUCUUUUAACUGGCAUAAAAACCAUAAUAUUAACGUGCAAGGGUCGCAUUGAGAAGCGUCCAGCUUGUCAGAUUUGUAUAUUUAAAAUUCCUUGUUACUGUGCGUUGAAACUGGAUGAAUUCGACAUAGACAUGAGAAUUCAUACAUGUGUGAAAAGUCAACUGCUUCAAAAUUAUACCCACCUAAUCUUUUACUUUUAUCGGAAUUUUUUAAUGCAUCCAUCUUGAAAAACAUUGAUAGUUUACAGCCCCUUCUGAAAGAUUCCGCUUUUAAGAUCCUACAUUUAUUAAUUGAUGAUAAAGUUUUCGAUGAAAUUCGUAGAAAGGACACAGAAUUUCAAGUUGAUUUACGCCUUAUUUCUCAACGUAUGAAAAAGGCACAGGUCAUUUCGGAUAAUUUAAUUGAUGGUAAUUGGAUGGAUUCCCUCCCACCUUACGCUUUAGAUGGGGAUUUAACCAACCCAUAUCACUUAACGGCAAGCAUAGCCGCGGGUUUAUCCCUGUUUCUCUUAAUAGUCGUUCUUUUCUUAUGGAUUAAAGUUCGACGCUUAUUUUUUGCAUUGACCUUACUUACAGCAGGCUCCCCAACUGACGGUUUGACAAUUUGGAAAACACAUCAAACUACACCCUAUCCAAAUUAUCCCCCUCCUUCAUUUAUGUCGUUGAUUAAAUCCACUAUUUCCAUGGAUGUUUUUCUGAUCAUAUCGACAGUAUUUCUGGUAUUCAUUUUGCUUUUUCGAAGUAUGAAAAAUGUCAAUCGACCGGUUACGUCACUGGUUUUACAUUUGACAAAUUCCUUUGCUUGUCAUGAAAUUAUGGUCUCACAAUUUUAUCUUUGUCCCCGAGACCUCACGUUAACGGCUGGAAAUCCUUUAACUAAUUUUCGUAUUCAGCGGGUAUUCCUCACUUAUUAUUUACUGUUUGAUUGUCACAAUUUGCAAAUUCAAACCCCGACACAAUCUAUAUAUAUUUCGGGAAAAAUUUAUGUAAGUUGGCUAAUGGCGUUUCGUUUAAAACGAUUCCUUCCUUCCACGACAGGUGUGUUUAUGGUACUUCAACAUUGUGGAGUCGCUUUUCCGUUACCUCUGACAUGAUUAACUUUGAGCUCAGUUCCUCUGAGGUUUCUUUAAGCCCUGUUGAUCUCUCCACUUUGGCCGGCUGCCUUGAAAUAAUGAUAAUGGUUUUCGUUGCCCAAAUAGGAUAUUAUGGCACGUAUUACUUCAUAAUUUAUUGUCUUUGUUAAAUCCCAGCCUUUUAACGACAGGCCACUCGUUACCCUCAGCAUCAUAGUCAGUAGGGUAUUGAAUGAAUUACAAUAUUGAAUGAAUUACUUUUCUGUAGAGACAAGACCUGUAUUUGGAAUUGGUUUCUCUCAUAUGAUGGUCAUAUGAUGGUCACUUGGUGACAAUACGUUACAUUAUUCUGGUAUUGUGUAUCUUCUAUAUUACUUGCUAGGUACAGUUACUAUCGGUGUUUCAAUGUGUGCUCUCAGUCCACCCCAUAAUAAUUAUAUAUGUUGUUCGUUUUGGUGUUAUUAGCUACAAAGCAUUUGCUGAAUGUUGUUGAUUAGAAUUUUAUGAUAGUUAGUCCGACUGUACUGUUCAAGCAGUCCAUAAGUUUUGCGAUUUGAUCGUGCUUAUCAAUGUCUUUUUAUGAUAAUAUGUGGCUACGCAAUUGGACCUGUAACAAUUAAUCCAAACAUUCGAUUCCUGCCGUUAUCAUCCUUAUAUGCAGAUAUGCAUAUGCCAGAAGACUAUUAUUGUGUACAUAGUCUUAUUUUUACGGGCAGCAGUCUGAGCUGCAGGUGGCACAUCGUUCUAUGUAUUGAUAUUUCUAUAAUUGGUAUGGUAUUAGUCACUUGUUGUUCGUGAAUUACCAGUAUUUUUAAGUGUUGUAGAUGAUGGCCGUACCCCAUUCUAAAGGGCGGAGAGUCAAGCACUUCCCCCGCUGUCGUCUGGUCCACGCCAAAUAAUUAAUCUGGCUUCUGGCUCCACGCUUGCUGUCAAGGAUGAACGCUGUCCUAUCACCUCUGCCGCUAGACACAAAACGCAGGCAACAGAGAGUUAUCUAUAUCUGUCAGCACCCCGACGUCUACAGCUACAGGUGCUCACGACGACCGCAUAUACACUGUAACUCUGUCGGCAUACAACAUCUUUAGAGAGCGACCAGUCAACACUCAAGCAGUGUCUAGAAAAGUCGACCUCUCGCUUUGCCACUCCAGCCGAGGACCUGACUGUGUGCAUAGACCGCGUGUUUUCAAGGAUUCAAGAACGUUGGACAGCGUUUCGCCAAUUGACUUUUCGAAACAAGAAAGGAGCCAGUGAAUUCGAUUGGGACCAGCGACUAAUGAACUUUAGUGAAUGGUGGUGCCUUAUUGUGGCCAUGUGCAGUGACAUUUGACUUUUAUGCAUCGCUAUUAAUUAAUUCUACAUGGUAUUUGAAUAAUAUUUCAUGGUGUUUAUGCUUUGUGGUUAUACGAAAUAACACAGGAUCAUUAACUUCUUCUUUGCCAGGUAAAUACAUUUUUAACUGUAAAAGUAUUCGUUGUUUUCGAAAUCUUUAUAACAUUUGAAAAUUGAUUACUAUUUCAUAUAUAUAAUGAUCGAUCCUGUUUUACUUCCAUUAUGUUUGUUGUGAUUGUAUUUUAUAUCUCAGACCGGAACUCAUGCUUAGAUCUUCCGAGCUGUGGGCAGCUCUUGUCCACAGGCGGAGGAUGUUAUAAGGUUAAAAAUGCACCUCAGAAACGAAUGAUGAUAAAUAGAACCCAGUAGAUAUAGUUCGUGACAGAACUGGUAACUGGAAGGGAAUCAAUAGAGAAAGACAUUUCACAUUUAUCAUUGGAUUGGUCUCUGGCUUUUAUCCAUGAGUUAAUGAAACAAAUGGGUAAUUACAAGGUAUAAUCCAUUUGGAGCUUCGGAGCGAGUCACGAAAUCAAUAGAGAGAUGAGCAAUCUAGCGCGUAGGGUUUUGGUAUUUUUCCGAUGGUGACACACAUGAGUUCAUGGUCAGAUAUAAACUUGUAACGAAUCAAAUGGAGAUAUUGAGACAUGUGACAAGGACAGGUCAGGCUCGAACACUAUAAAAUGAUACCCUCAACAUUAGGAGAGUGGUGCGCGGUUUACAGUCGAUCGAGUCGAAUCCCGAUCGUUCUAAGUUUCCACCAGCUAGUGACGAGCCUGGCCAGUCUGAUCCUGUCCUGUAUUGUCAGAUGGGCUGAGAGUAAGUAAAACUAUGUGAGUAUAAA